UCUUUAAACUAUUGUUAUCAAACAAUGAAUGCAGCUAAUGAAUCAAACCUUUUGUUGUAUUAACAGUAUAUUUGGCUUUUGAAACGUUACAAUAUGUUACAAGACAAACAGUAUAAAUUCAGCACCGAAUAUGCUAAUGAAUACAGGCAAAUACGACUUAGAAGUCCGACAAGUGAAACACUAGAGCAUACCCUUUGAUUUCGCUCUUGCCGUCUGGGAAAUUGCCAAUCUGUAAGGCAUGAGGAGAUUAAUAUUUCCUAUCUCGAUAUGUUUGUUGCUGUUGGCUGAUCUGGAAACAGCAGAAUCACUGAAUUCAAGUGUCAUUAACCUUUCCGUUAAUAAGCCGUCAAAACAAAUUAGUACUUGGAAUAACAAAAGGAGAUGGCCAUCUCACUUAGGCAAUGAUGGCGACGCUAAUAGUUAUAUGUAUAAUGACAGUUGUUUCCAAACGAAAAAACACAUGAGCCCGUGGUGGGAAGUCAAUCUGUUGGAUGUUUAUAGCAUUAACACAGUUAAAAUAACCAAUACGGCGGACUGCUGUGCCAACAGGGCGGAGAAUGUUGAGGUCUCUGUAGCAGUAAAAUACGGUGAAUGGACAGUUGUAGCGAGGAAGGAAGGUCCAUUGGGUGCUUCCGCAACCCUUACAUUUGAUCCUGUGGAAGUCCGUUUUGUUCGACUUACGUUGAGGGACAAAGAAACAUGGUUUCAUUUAUGUGAAGUGGAAGUCUAUGGAUCGAAUUCUGAUAAUCUUGCUCUUAAAAAGCCGUCUGAAACGAUCAGCAUUUUUGGCGACAUGGAUAAUUGGGGUGCUGACAAAGGCAAUGAUGGCGACGCUAAUAGUUAUAUGUAUAAUGACAGUUGUUUCCAAACGAAAAAACACAUGAGCCCGUGGUGGGAAGUCUAUCUGGUGGAUGUUUAUAGCAUUAACACAGUUAAAAUAACCAAUACGGCGGACUGCUGUGGUAACUAGUUUUCAUCUGUUUAUUCUAUAUAUUAUUGACAUU